AUGGUCGUCAGCAAUACUGAAAACCAAGCAGAUAUCGUACCUGUUCCUACCACCACUCCCACUACUUCCACCACUCCCACCACUAUCACUCCCACUGCCGAAAUUUCCCCUACUAAUAUCACCAUAAACAAUAUUAAACCGCUUUCCAAAAAAAUUGCCCCAAAUGCUUCACGUCUCCAAAAUGACAAUAUUAACUCCAAAAUUCAACAUCCCACCCAAAAUAGCACAAUUUUAUCAACAAGCGCCAACAACAACAAAAAUACUCGAAAAAUCGGCAAAAUUGGUGUAUGUGCAAUGGACAAAAAAGUCCUCAGCAAACCAUGCAGACACAUCUUGAAUUGUUUAAACCAAAACGACGAAUUUGAACUAAUCAUUUUUGGCGAUAAGGUAAUUCUCGAUGAAUCAAUUGAAAACUGGCCCACUUGCGAUUUUCUCAUAAGUUUCUUCUCAAAUGGUUUUCCUCUAAACAAAGCCAUCAACUAUGUCAAACUACGAAAGCCCUUCAUCCUUAACGACCUAGUCAUGCAAAAAGUCCUAUGGGAUCGAAGAUUGUGUCUACGUUUGUUGAAAAAAGUUGGUAUCCCAACUCCCCAUCGUCUAGAGAUCUCCAGAGAUGGUGGUCCCAAAAUAAUCGACGCUGAUCUAAAACAAAAACUACUAGAAAAAAAUAUAGACAUUGAUCAGAAAUUUAAAACUCCAAACUGGGAAAUGCUAGAUCAAGACACCUUGAAAGUUGAUGACCAAAUUUUGAAAAAACCCUUUGUUGAAAAACCCGUCGAUGGCGAAGACCACAAUAUCUUCAUCUACUAUUCUUCCAAAAAUGGCGGUGGUGGAAGAAGACUAUUCAGAAAAAUUGGCAACAAAAGCAGUGAGUUUGAUCCUUCUUUAUCAGUCAUCAGAACAAACGGCUCCUACAUUUAUGAACAAUUCAUGGACACUGAUAAUUUUGAAGACGUCAAGGCCUACACUGUUGGUGAAAAUUAUUGCCAUGCUGAAACAAGAAAAUCUCCCGUCGUUGAUGGUAUCGUUCGAAGAAACACACAUGGAAAGGAAAUAAGAUUUGUCACCACUUUAUCUGACCAAGAAAAGGAAAUCGCCUCAAAGGUUUCAUCUGUCUUUCACCAAACUAUCUGUGGCUUUGACCUAUUAAGAGUCCAAGGUGUUAGCUAUGUUAUCGACGUUAAUGGCUUUUCCUUUGUCAAGGGCAACUCAGACUACUACAACAACUGCGCUCAAAUCCUUAAAAACAUCUUUUUUCAAGCUAGAAUUAAAAGAGACCUACAAAGAUCCCUCACAGGCACUCCCUACCUUUCUCCACAAACUGAAGAAAAACACCAAAAAUGGGUCUUCAAAGGCCUUGUCUCUGUUAUUAGACAUGGUGAUAGAACUCCCAAACAAAAAAUCAAAUAUUCUUUCAAAUCUUCCAUCUUCAUUGCUCUUCUAAAGGGCCACAAAGAAGAAGUCAUCAUUAGAGCUGUUCCCGAUCUUCGUAUCGUACUAGCUGCUCUACAUCUAGCCCAACAACAAAAAUACGAAGACUCAAUGAAAUUGCAGCUCCUAGCUACUACUUUGGCGAAAAAAAUCAACUUUCCCGGCACUAAAAUUCAACUAAAGCCAAUAUUAAAUAAAGAAUCUAAUCAAGUCGAAAAAGUUCAAUUCAUCCUCAAAUGGGGCGGUGAACCAACCCAUUCUGCAAGAUACCAAGCUACUGAUUUGGGUGAAACUUUCAGACAAGAUAUUAAACUAUUGAAUAAAGAUGCCUUGAAAAAUGUCAGAGUUUACUCUUCUUCUGAAAGAAGAGUUGUUACAAGCGCGCAAAUUUGGGCUUGCUCAUUCUUAGAAGCUGACAUGCUACCGGACGAUUUCCUAAGAAUUAGAAAAGAUCUACUAGAUGAUUCAAAUGCUGCAAAGGACCUUAUGGACAAGGUUAAAAAGAAAUUAAAACCUCUACUUAGACAAGGAAAAGAGCCACCAAAACAAUUUGCCUGGCCAGCUAGAAUGCCUGAACCUUACAUUGUCAUUAGAAGAGUCGUUGAGCUAAUGAACUAUCACCAUAAAAUCAUGGAAUACCACUUUAAAAAUAACGAUGUCGAAUCAAUGCAAAGAAGAUGGUGUUGUUCUGAAGAUCCUUAUUUAUUUAAAGAAAGAUGGGACAAGUUGUUUAAAGAAUUUCUUACAUUUGAAAAAGUCGAUCCCUCCAAAAUUAGUGAAUUAUAUGAUACAAUGAAAUACGAUGCUCUUCAUAACAGGUCUUUCUUGCAAAAGAUCUUCUCUCCUAAUGUCGAUUUAAAUCACUCCGAUGUUGAAAUGCAAUUUUUGGUCGAUGACUUGAAUUCUCCAAGUUUAGUCAACGAAUAUCCAAUUAAUGUGCUUGCAAUGAAUAAUUUCAAGUUGCCAAUCUCCUCUAAAAAUUCAACAAAUAAUGAAACAGCUACAAAAGAAAAGGAAUUAGAAAACUCUUCCUCUGUUGGUUCUUUAGGUUGGGUAUUAAGAUCUGCCAACAGAAAGACAUCUAGAACCAUCACUUCUUCUCCAUUUGAUGAUCCAAAAUACAGUAGAUUAAGAGAGUUGUACAAAUUAGCCAAAGUUUUAUUUGAUUUUGUUUGUCCUCAAGAAUAUGGUAUUGAAGAUAACGAAAAAUUAGAUAUUGGAUUACUAACUUCUUUACCAUUGGCUAGAAGAAUUGUUCAAGAUAUCUCCAUGAUGAGAGAAACUGAUAAAUCAGAAAUUGUUACAUAUUUCACUAAGGAAUCUCAUAUUUACACACUAUUAAAUAUCAUUUAUGAGUCAAAACUUCCAAUGAGAAUUGCUAGAAAUGCAUUACCAGAGUUAGAUUACUUAUCACAAAUUGGUUUUGAAUUAUAUGAAAGUGCUGACACAACUUCAGGAGUAAAAAGGCAUUCCAUCAGAUUGUCAUUAUCACCUGGUUGUCAUACCCAAGAUCCUCUAGAUAUUCAAUUAGAUGAGAAACAUUACAUCAGCAACAUUCCAAAGAUAUCUCUUACAAGACACUUGGAUAUCGAUUUAGUGACACAAAAAUUAAAAUCAAGAUUUUCAAGAGUUUCUUUACCCAAGAAAUUUACUGCAGUUAAUAUAACUAGUCCCUCUGUUGCUAGUUUAACAGAAAACAAAGUCACAUUAUAA